GGAAUAAUUUCAUAAACUUUUGGUUGCCAAAUAAAACAAAAAUGGAUGGAACAAAUCAACAUCCUGACAAGUUUAAAGUUUGGUGCAAAUGGAUCGGUCAUUAUCACACACUUCUCUACGGCAUUUGUUUGUCCUAUAAUUUACGGCAAUCUAUUUUUCACACAAAAUGUGCUUUUCCAAUACCAUACUAUUGCUGCUAUGGUAUUAUAUUGGUACUGUUGGUUAUGGUCCUGGCGUCAGCGGCCAUUCCAGAUGGUAUUAAAACGGGAAAUUCGAAGGAGUUGCUUCCAUGGAUUAUUCUCACACCAUUAAUGACACUGAUUUGUGUUGUUAUCUAUUUUCUGGUGAAAACACCCACAAAAAUUGGAAUGGUUAUUUUAAUAGUCUCCAAUAUUGUGGCCUGGUAUCCCAUUUUCAAAUUAUAUCGCCAAAUAAAAGCUGAAAAGGAUGCCAAAGAGACGGCCGAGUUCCACAUAGGAAAUACCAUUAUUCAUUACAGUGGGACAAUAAUGGAUUUACAUGCGGCCGAGGAAGCGGCUGCUGCAAGUGAAGAGCGACACCUUUCACACUCAGGGCAUAAACAUGUGUCAUACAAUACAAUGGACAGCGUCCAUCAUCAAGGACAUGGGCAAGUCUUCAGUGGUAGCAAACAUUUGACACCAACCAUGAUACACACUGCAGCUCUUGCGACAUAUCCUGUGACAGAAAGUGAAAUACAUACCACUACAUCAUUUUAUUCAUCGGUAGCAAAUGAAAAUGACACAGUUGGAUUGCGAGACGGAACAACGGAAAACUCUUCCACCUCUAGGAAUGCUGGACAUGACGUUUACAAAGUUAAAAAAAUUAGUAAAAUUGAAAGAGAUUUAAAGGAAUCGGAAAAGAAGGAACCAAAGGAUAACUAAGAGACUUACAAUGGUACAAAAUUCACUCAAAAUAUGUUCAAAUAAAAUUUAACCAAAUAGAGACAAUAAAAUUAU